GGGCCAACGCCGGAGACAGUCAGGGAGGUUCCGCAGACUAGUGUGUCAACCCGCUCGAAUGCCGACUCCCAUUGACGAGUAGUGGAGGUUGUAUUUGCAGCUCAGCUUCGCUUUUACUUCAUAACGAGGACGUCGGAACCGGAGAGAUUUUUCUUCUGCUAUACAGACUAUUUUCAUCCUUUGAGGUAUCUCUGUGCCAGGCACCUUUGGAAGCCUGGGUCAUUGUCAUGUGGAAGAUAACUUGAUCGUGCAUCCGUUACCCUGUGGCUCAUCACAUGUCUGAGGACGCCGGUCCAAAGCAUUACCUGUACUCAACCCUAAAAGGGCGCGAACAGAACCGGGAAAGGGAAGGCUUCCAGGUGGAGCAAGAGGAGGCUUCUCCCUGUGGCACAAUUCGCCAAUAUCGCCGCAUGGCCAGCGGUUACAGCGAGGGUUGUGGGGGCGGGGAUGGGGUCGAACUGGAACCAGAGUUGGGAUUGGCCUCUGAGGGCAGCGACAGCAGCCACGAGCAUCCGGCAUCGCUGGGCUCCCACGACGACAGGAAACGUCCACGACCACAGCUACACGAGGACGUAGAGAUGGGUGGCAGCGGCUCGAGUGGGAGUGGGACCGAGUCCCACGGCAACGAGUCGCACGGCAACGAGUCCCAUGGCAAUGAGUCUGUGGGCAGCUCAAAUGGAAAUGGCAAAGACUCAGCUCUGAUGGAGUCUUCAGGGAGCAACAAGAGCUCAAAUUCUCACAGCCCGUCACCGCCAAGCAGCUCCAACGCCUUCAGUCUGGUGAGCUCCGAGCAGGACAACCCUUCAACCAGCGGCUGCAGCAGUGAACAGUCCGCCAAAGCCAAGACACAGAAGGAGCUCUUUAAGACCCUCAAGGAGCUGAAGAUGCACUUGCCGUCUGAGAAGAGGAGCAAGGGCAAAUCCAGCACCGUCAAUACGCUGAAAUACGCGUUGCGAUGUGUCAAACAAGUGAAAGCCAAUGAGGAUUACUACCAGAUGCUGAUGACCAAUGACAAUCAGCCGCCAGGGUUUGAUGUAUCGUCCUACACCAUUGAGGAAAUCAACAGCAUCACCUCUGAGUACACCCUCAAAAACACUGAUAUAUUUGCUGUAGCUGUGUCACUCAUCACGGGGAAGAUUGUGUACAUCUCAGACCAGGCAGCAUCCAUCUUGAACUGCAAGCGAGAAGUCUUCAAUAAUGCCAAGUUUGUGGAGUUCCUAACCCCUCAGGACGUCAGCGUGUUCUACAGCUUCACCACGCUCUAUCGCCUGCCUUCCUGGAGCAUGUGUACAGGCGCAGAGUUGUCUCCCACAGAGUGCAUGCAGGAGAAAUCCUUCUUUUGCCGCAUCAGCGGUGGGAAGGAGCGCGACGGGAAUCUCCAGUACUACCCCUUCCGUAUGACUCCGUACCUGAUGAAAGUCCAGGAUGCUGAGCUGGGUGAGGAGCAGUUCUGCUGCCUCCUUCUGGCAGAGAGGGUCCACUCAGGAUAUGAAGCACCCAGGAUCCCUCCUGACAAACGCAUUUUCACUACAACACACACACCCAACUGUGUGUUCCAGGAUGUGGAUGAGAGGGCCGUUCCUUUGUUGGGUUACCUCCCCCAGGACCUCAUUGGUACCCCUGUGUUGCUUAAUCUGCAUCCAAGCGACAGACCCUUAAUGCUGGCAGUGCAUCGCAAGAUCCUGCAGUACGCUGGUCAGCCGUUUGACCACUCCUCGAUCCGCUUCUGUGCCAGAAACGGCGAAUACAUUACCAUCGACACCAGCUGGUCAAGUUUUGUUAACCCCUGGAGUCGCAAGGUCUCGUUUGUCAUCGGGAGACACAAAGUUCGCAUGGGUCCUGUGAAUGAAGAUGUCUUUGCUGCCCCUGCGUUCCAUGGAGGGAAGAUCAUGGACUCAGACAUCCAGGAAAUCAGUGAACAGAUCCACAGGCUGCUACUUCAACCGGUCCACAACAUGGGCUCCAGCGGCUACGGUAGCCACGGCAGCAACGGCUCCCAUGAGCAGCCGGUGAGCAUGGGUUCAUCCAGUGAGAGCAACGCGAACGUGACGGCAGGGAACACGGCAGAGGAGACCGGCAAGGCCAAGCCUGCCAGGACCUUCCAGGAGAUUUGUAAAGGCGUCCACAUGCUGAAGAACCAGGACUCCCAGCUCUGCCUGCGCUCUCCUUCCCCUUCGCCCUCUCCGUCGCCAUACAAGGCCGAGCACAAGAAGACCAGUGAUGCAGCAGUAACAGCCCAGAAGAGUUCAGCCGCGCGCCUCAAGGACUCUGCACCUGCUGCACACGUCAGAGACAGUACUGCAGCCACUAUGGAGGACUUCACCUGCAAAGAUCAGACGGUCUGCUCCUACCAGCAGAUCAGCUGCCUUGACAGUGUUAUAAGGUAUCUGGAGAGUUGUAACAUCCCCAUUACAGUGAAGAGGAAGUACCAGUUCUCCUCAAACACCACCUCCUCCAAUUCAGAUGAUGACAAGAAGGGCUCCGAGGAUGGCAUUCAAAUGUCCCAGGAUACAAGCACAGAUGCUUUGAUGUUAGAUGCCCAGCCAGGCCUGUCAAACAUGAAAGCACCGAAGAAGCCUCCAUCUGGGGCUGCUGUGGUGGGAGCACCGCGGGCCCCCCUCACUCUGCCCAGCAAGGCUGAGAGUGUGGUGUCCAUCACCUCCCAGUGCAGCUACAGCAGCACCAUUGUCCACGUGGGAGACAAGAAGCCUCAGCCCGAAUCAGAGAUAAUUGAGGAUGUAGCAGAAAGCCCGGCGCCCCCAGCGCUCCCUGUCAGCGUGGUUUCUCCGCCCAGCCAAGAAAAGGAGGCCUACAAGAGACUGGGACUGACCAAACAGGUUCUGGCUGCACACACCCAGAAGGAGGAGCAGGCCUUCCUGAACCGGUGCCGAGAGCUGCACAACGCCAGGUCCUUUCAGAAGGAUUGCUCCACGUAUCUUCAUAAGCAGAGAGUUCCAGGCAACACGGAAGAAUUGUCUGGCCUACGAGGUGCUGCCAAACAGGACACCAGGAGGCCUGAGACUACUGCCAAGAAGGGCAACCGCAACCGGAAGUCCAAGAAGCCGCGAAUGAAGCAUCCUGAUUCGUCGGACAGCGCCGUGUCCAACCGCAAACCCCGGCCGCCCCUCCAGGGUCUCAACCAAACCUCCUGGUCCCCCUCAGAAGCCUCCCAGUCAACAUUUAACGUCUCCUACCCCGCCAUGGUGCCUGCAUACCCACUCUACCCCCCGGCCCCUGCUGCCUCAGCUCAGGCCCCCCGCCCGGACCCCUCGCUGCCCACAGGCUUCGCCGAGGGUCAAAGCUCCCAAGCCCCACCUACCGCCACGCCGUUCCCUGCGCCCAUCGUCACACCAGUGGUGGCUCUGGUACUGCCAAAUUACCUCUUUCCCCAGAUCGGUCAGCUGGCAGCUGCUCCUAGACCAGGGUUCUUCCCUGAGCAGACCCCGGCACAACCUGCAUAUACUGCCCCGCAGCCUUUUCAGGCCCCACAGCCAGCCUUUACCAUGCAAACGCAACCCUUCACUGGCCAACAGGCGUUUCCAGUGCAGCCUGCCUUUACCCCCCAGCAACCAUUCCAAGCUGCUCAGACCCCGUUCACUACCCAGCAACCUUUCCAGACCCCACAGACUGCCUACACCGCACAGCAGCCAUUUGCUACUCAGCCUUCUUUCCCAGUGCAGACUCAGUUUGUAACUCAAGCUCCUUAUCCAGCCCAGCCUUUUCCCUACACUCUUGCCCCCGAACCUUCCAAAACUCCAGCCACGGAGCACAGAGAAGGGGCGGCAUCACGCUCCUCCACGCCGGUCUCUGGGGCACGGGACCCGGCGACGUCGCCGCCCCUGUUUGAGUCCCGGUGCAGCUCGCCUUUGCAGCUCAACCUGCUGAGCAUGGAGGAGGGUCAGCGCUCGGUGGAGCGUCAGGACAACACGGCGCCCCCCGCUGGUGCACAGGGGAACAGCACGGCAGCAGUGUCAGGAGGAGUGGGAGCAGCAGAGGAGAAGAAUGGAGGCACAACCAUGAGUGAAAACCACCAACAGGUGGAGUCUCCAGGAGACGGGGCUCACAGUGAUGGUAACUCCUCCUCCUGUGACCUCCUGGACAUCCUGCUGCAGGAGCAGGAGGACUCUCACUCCGGCACGGGCUCGGCUACCUCUGGCUCCAUGGGCUCGGGUUCGGGCUCGCGAUCAGGUUCUGGCUGCAACGGCUGUGGUACCUCAGCAAGUGGCGCUUCUGGCAGCAGAACUGGGAGUAGCAACACCAGCAAGUACUUUGGCAGCGUUGACUCUCUGGAACAUGACCCGAAGGCCAAAGCCAAGUCAAGAGGGGAAGGAGGAUCGGAAGGCAGCCAGUUGCAAGCCAAAGUCACAGCUCAAGGGGAGGGAGAGCAUUUCAUUAAAUAUGUUCUCCAAGAACCCCUCUGGCUGCUGAUGGCCAAUACAGAUGACAAGGUCAUGAUGACGUAUCAGAUGCCAUCCAGGGACAUUCAGAAGGUUCUGCGAGAAGACAAGGAGAGACUGAGACAAAUGCAGAAGAGCCAACCUCACUUCACCUCAGAGCAGCGACGGGAGCUGGUGGAGGAGCACCCGUGGAUGCGGAGGGGAGGCCUGCCCGCUGCCAUCAAUGUAAAGGAGUGCGUGUACUGUGAGGAUGCGGCGCCCAUCGAGGAGGACCUGCCAGACAUGGACAUGGGCGACCUGGGUGAGGAGCUGGGCCAAGCGGGUCAGAACGCCCAGAGCCAAUCAAAGGAGUCGCAGCCUCAACCAAGCUCUGGCUCCUGAAUUCACACGCCGUCAGGGAACUGACCAGAUGUUGAACCUGAUCAUAUACACACACGCGUAGACACUCUGACUGUGAGACAGACAGUUGUGUGCCUGACCAACCUCAGAUUCAUACAAAUACACAACAAGCAGAUUUCUUUUGCCAUUGUGACGCCUAUGAGGAUGUGCUGUUGGCGUAUUCAUCCGUGUCUCUUGGGCACAGGACUGCUGCUGAAGUGCAUUUCUUUAUAUGCCCACACGGGGGCAGUACUGUGCAUAUGACCCUCAUGUAGCACCUUUGCCAGCACAUGCACAGACUGAAUGAACUGGACGAAGCCCGUGAGGUUCUACAACCUUUGACCUCUGUGAUUUUAUUUUAUUUUUUUGUUUGUUUUUCAUUCUUCUUAACUUAAAGUGUUUUACCAAUUAUGCUGUCUUUCAGUCAAACAUUGUACAUGUUUAUAUCAAGAAACCCAGCAUUGAUGUUCAAAAACUCUGCUGCUCUGAUGACAGACGUUUGUGUUCAGGCCCCACAGAUGUGUUUUCCUUUCAAGAGCUUUGUAGAUUAGUUGCGAUGUUUGAAGAGCAGGGACUCGUACGUCUGUGUCCUGGGUGAGUUUUUCCCUCCACUCUCCGAGAUGUGAGUAUGUGCAGUGUGUAGGUACAGGGCAGUGGCAGCGCGCGCCUCAGCGGGCAUCAGGAUGACGUGACUGAUUGUUUAUCUGCUCAAAAAUGACAAUCUAACACGUAGUGUCAGCUAUUACAUUACAUGUACCAUAUUUAUUUUGUCAGAGAAUAUAUGUACACUUUUUUUCAACUUAGGUCCAUUCAGUGUAAACGACAAUCACUUUUACGUUCUAUUAUUGUCACUUCAGUCAGGAACUAUAAACUGGAGCUGUCAUGUCCUUCGAAGCGAAGGCCUCCUUGACGCUGCACCGGUGCUAUGAGGAGGUGGACAUCACAGAUUAAGAGGCUGCUGAUUUUUAUUAUAUGAAGCGUCGCAUUAACGCACACAGUGCAGUUCAGAGGGUGCAAAUCAAGUCAGAUUUUUAUUUAGAGUAAUUGGAUCAUUUAUAUUUGACUUUGCAGUUUAUUUCUGUAACAAAACAAGUGUUCUCCUUUUUUUUCUUUUUUUUUUUUAAAUAAAGUUAGGUCUUUAUAAAAUACAGAACAUUUCUUAAAUUGUUGUAAUACUCAUUUUCUGUCAGUGAGGUGCAGCUGUUACUCAAGGUGAUUUUUAGAACAACCGUUGUCAGAUAUAUGUCAUUGCUUGUUUUCUUACACAUCUGUUUUUCUGGAUUCAGAGAUCUAAUUUAGCACAUCUUGACCUCUUGCUUUUACAAUGCUUGCAUGUUUUAGGCAUCGAAGGGACGACAUCCAUCGUGUUUGUGCACCAGUAUGGAUAAUGUAGUACUGUGAAGGCUGUUACUCAGAGUGAUGCGCAACACUGAGGUCAAUAUUCAGCAUCAGCACUGAGCUAUGGUGGAAAACAGCACAAUAAUUGUAGCAAAUAAUGGGACCACGUUGCAGCAGUUAGUAACUGUGUAGCCCAGUAACCUGGAUGGCACAGCUGAUGGUGACAUACUGUACGGCCGACGACACAUGAAGUGCUCGAGAGACUGUGAUCCAUAUUGGCUCUUUAUAGUUAAUGAUAUAAAGUGUGUGAGAAUGGGGAACAACUUUGGUGCUAAUACAGGGAACUGUUGGGCCCGGGCUUGUGAAUGUACCACAGACUGGACCAAGAGCAUCUCUCUGGCUUAGUUUUCAUAGCUUUCUGUUUUUGUUUUUUUUUUUUAAUUCACUUCUCGCACUUUUUAAUUGCUCUAUUUUUCUAUUUCAUUUCUUCUGUGUUGUUAUUUUAUUUAUUUGUCAGAGCUUUGGCGUGUCAGUGUGGCAUGGACCCAACAGUACAUAAGUUUCAGUUUACGUUACUGUACUCGUAGCUGGUGUGAACACGUCUGACGAACCUCGCGGUCAGACGUGUGAAGUGAUUCCAGUGACUUUACCAACGAAUGCUUAGAGGGGGACAGGUGUCUGUCGCCACGGCAACUGCAGCCUAUCUGUUUCUGUGCAGAGUAUGUUAUUAACAGCGGCCUCCAACACUCACCUGUGUAAACCUGAAGGUCCCACAAAGCGGAUCUGUUCCCACCGGUUUGAUGCUGGAGGCGUCCUGAUCUGUAAACGCUUACACAGCACUGGCUGAUGUCGUGUUAUGUCAUGUAAAUUAGUUUUAUUGCCACUAUAUUAUAUUAUAUUAUAUUAUAACUAGCACACUUCUGUGCAUUUUUGUAGAUAAGAUGUGUUGUUUGAGACAUGGAAACAAUGUUGUAAUAAAACUACACAAACAUAAA